ACUCGUUUGGAUCUCCUCCCAGCCCUGCGCGGGUGAAUUCUGACGGUGUGUAGUUAUGGCGUGAGUUUGUGAUAAACAUUGGCUUUGGAAUCAUUUCUCGGUUAGACAUGCCGGGUGUAAGAGAAGUUGUGUUAGCAGGAUGUGCUCUCACCCUGACUGGAGGGCUCGCGUUCGUUGUGUGGAAUUUAAUAAAGAAUAAGAAGAGAGAAAAAGCGCAGGGAUCGACUCAGCUCUCGGCUGGGGCAAAACAUGGAGAGUUAACAUUAGUGGACGAGGUAGUGAAGGCUGAACGAUCCACACCAGCUGCUGCUGCACCUUCUCAGCAGAGCCAGGCGAGCCCUUCCCAGGUCCUCUUUUUGGGUCUGGAUGGUGCAGGGAAGACGAGUCUACUCCAAUGCUUCGCGACAGGCAGCGUGGAGCAGGAUGUCUCGCCCACUCAGGGUUUCAAUGCCGUCUCGAUCAAUAAGGAGAAGCUGCACAUCGAGUUCCUGGAGAUCGGAGGUAAGGAGGAGCUCCGAGAUUACUGGUCCAUGUACCUGAAGAAGGCACGGGUGCUGGUGUUCGUGGUGGAUGCGGCAGACUCUUCUCGAUUUCCUCUGGCUAAAACCCAGCUGCACCAGAUUUUGGCCACCGACCCCAGCCUCCCCCUGGUCCUGCUGGCCAACAAACAGGACCUGCCGGGGGCGUGUGGGGUGUCCGAGCUGUUCGAAUCUCUGGCGCUGGGCUUGGUGGGUGAUGCUCGUCAGCUGUACAUUUUGGGAACACACGUUCAAAACGGCUCGGCUGUCUCCAGCACCCGAAUCCGGGAGGCUUUUGAUCUGAUCGUGGAGAUAAUGAACGGUUAAAGUGCCGAGCAGCAGGGCUUCACCCGAUUAUCUAAUCCAGCAGCUAUAAUUCUGAUAAAUGAGUCGGAUUAUCACGUCUGAAUGUUAUUUAUUCAGGGACUUUUUCGUACCAAAGAUGUUUUUGUAGGAUUGCAGUUUUAAUAAGAAAAAAUGUAACCCUGAAACCUUUUGAUAAAAGUGAUCCAAGGAUGUUUUGAAAAACCAAAGACGUGUAGUUUAAUGCCCUGUGAUUGAUUGUGACUCCUCUAUAAUGGUUUAAUCUCUCCUAAACACUGGUAAUACUUUUAAAGAAACGAUUUGGUUUAAAAUUAAAUGUAGAUUUUUUACUGAAUGUAGUAGGUGAGACGUGGCCAUUUGCACUGGAGCCGCAGCGCUAAUGUAUGUAACAAGUAGAAAAGCUAAUAGCUGUAAAAAUCAGUGUAGCAUCAUGUCAACUGUUAACAUUUUGACUCUUAUUUAUAUAAAAUGAUCAAUAAUUAAACUGUAAUAACCCCCUGA